ACGAAAGUAGACAGCUUCAUGGCCAAUGCUUCAACUGACUGGUACCGAGACCAAGUGGUCCUGUUGACUGGGGGUACAGGAAAUCUCGGGGCAUGUCUCCUGUACAAGCUGGCACUGCAACUGCCGACGAGAAAGAUCUUCGUCCUGGCUCGUGGAUCGGUGCGAAGAGCAGUCGGAAAGUUGGAGGCAUCCAUUCCUGAUCACGUCGAUGAUAUUCUGGACACUUCUCGAGUCCAUUUUGUGGUGGGAGAGACCACCCAGCCGGGGCUGGGACUGAAGCCGACUGACCUCCAACGACUCCAAGACGAGGUGACGGUGGCCAUCAACGCGGCGGCGGAUAUCUCCCUGCAGCAGCCAUUAGCGGGGAGCGUCCGAGUGAAUUGUGUGGCUCAUCUCAAUUUCGUCACGCUCCUCCGCAGCUUCACUCGACUCGCGGCUUUUCUCCAUGUCUCCUCGACCUCGGUCAACAGCUUUCUCCCCAGCGGCAAGGUCGAGGAGCGCAUCUACCCGCUGUCUGAAAACGAGCCUGAUCCGAAAGAGAUCCUAUCGACCAUCCAGACGACCGGUCAGUCGUCCUGGGGCGAUCGGUUCAUAGCCCCAUACUCGCUGAGCAAAUACCUGGCCGAGCGACUAAUCCUGCACCAGGCAGACGACCUCCCCUUCUCCGUGUUGAUUGUGCGUCCAGCAGUAAUCGCCCCGGCAAUCCGUCAUCCCUAUCCCCUCUAUGGAAGCAGCGAAGGGCUUCCCUUACACUCGACCUUGCAAGUGCUGGUCACCAGUCCGGAUUAUGGGCUGGCCCGACUGGCCGAAGAGAUUGAUCCCGAGACGGUCGUUGAUGAGGUGCCGGUCGACCUGGUCGCAAGCACGUGCCUGGGUCACCUGAGCGCACGCACAACGGGGGUCGUCCAUGCCUCUGGGCUGCUCUACGCCCCACUGACCGUGGGCGAUCUGGCCACUGCAUUGAUCCAGCACACUCCGCCCAGCGUGGCCGACAAAGUUCUCGGGGGGCAUCUCCCUGCGGAAGAUCUGGCUCCUCACUUUUUUCAUCUUGCUACACAAUAUGCAGGGAAGUGGGAGAAUAGCUGUCUGCGUUCGGAGCCUCUGAAAAGCGUGUGUGGCCCGCUCGGCCUCAGCCUGCACGGCCAUGAUUCCGAGGCCUUUAUGAAUCUGCGCUGGAAAACCAUGACCAAGGUUUCCGAUCAGAUUGACAAGAUCCCUAUCCCUCCUGGCUCAUGAGCUGUUUAGCUGUCAACCUUUGGGUGGUCUGUUUCAUGUUUCGUACAGAUGCUCUAGUGAUAACUCCGAUGGCAAGACGAUACGAUUCAUCCAC